GACACAGGAAGAUGGGUUUUCCUCAAAAAACUACGUUGAUCUUAAUCACAAUCUUCUGGUUGUUCAUUAUUGCAGGAAGCAUUCCGAACACUGCAGUCAUAACCGCACUCUGCAACUCGGGGAUGUAUUCUCAAGGCGAUCCCUUUGUCAUCAGCCUCGACUACGUUGUUGCAGAAUUAGAGAGGGCUACGCCAACGAGCAAGAACUACGAUUUCUUCAACGUUUCACCUUUUCCUAAUGCUUUUGCCUACGGACAUGCUACUUGUAACCUGAAUCUCACCAGCUCAGACUGCGCGACCUGCCUUGGUGCAGCAAAGACGACAAUGUUCGGCACGUGUCAGAGCCGGAUAGGGGCUCGUACGGUGCUCCAAGACUGCACAAUCAGGUAUGAGCAAUACCCAAUUACCAAUCAGGACGAGGGGUAACCAGAAGAACAUAGGAUGCCUUGUGUGUUG